GGGGAGAUAAAGCGGAGUAAAUGCUCCGGAGCCGGUGUGUGAUCCAGCGCGGCGGCGGCCCUGCGGCCCGAGGGGCGGCCGCAGUCAUUGUCCUGCCGGAACAUUGUGGCCGCCGGGAGGAAAGGCCGAGGGAUCCUUGAUCUUCCGGGUGAGAGGUCAGCCAUUUGCCGGCAGAGAUGGAGCGCGAGAGACUCGAAGUCCCUCCGCCAGAUGCCCAUGACCUGCCCUUGUCCAUCCUGGAGGUGGGCUGCUCAGGGAAGUUUGAACUGAUCACACAGCCGGUGAAGAAGGGUGUCAUUCUCCCACUGGCCACGCUUCCUCGUGGGCUGCCGCCGUUUGCCGUGGACCUCGUCACUGAGGCAGAGAUGCACUUCCUGUCCGACCCUGAGAAGCUUCUCCUCCAUCACUUUGAAAACUCCCAGAAGGUCUGGCCCAGAGAGAAAUGUGUUGAUGCUUUGUACCAUGUGGACGUCACACCGGUUCAUUCAACACUGCAGGUGGAACGCAACCAGACAACGGGGGAGUUACUGGGGUACAAAGAGGUGCUCCUGGAGGACACCGGCCUGUCCGUGAAGAACUCGCUUUCACUGCAGAGACCGCCAGGCCCCCUGGCUGAGUUUGUGCGAGGCAGCUCCACCAACUACCCAUUCUGGCCAGGGGGCCUGGAGGAGCCGAGCCUGGAUCUGAUUCAGAUGGUGGACGAUCUUGAGGAGGAUAUUGACUUUGAGAACGACCUGCUGACUGUGCCUCCAGGGUGGAAGAAGGGGCUAGACUUCAGGCGAGUGGAGCAGAAGGCCGGGCCCGGCCUCCUGAGCCUUGCCCACCUCGUCGGAGGGAUGGACGACUUUGACCUUGGGGGUUCCAGCGACGAAGAGGAGGAAAAGAAAGUGCAAAGUGUGGCAGCCAAGCCCACCCUGGCCAGAACCAACAGCCUGGAGGAGCUGGUGCUGCAGGAGGUGAGCGCGGCCCCUCCUACCCCAGCCAGUGGAAAGGAGGAGGAGGAGGUGCCCGAGAAGGAGCAGUGGGCAGUGCCAGUCGACGUCUCCAUGCCCGUGGACGACUUCUACAAGCGCAUCCCGGACCCGGCGUUCAAGUGGCCUUUCGAACCCGACGUGUUCCAGAAGCAGGCCAUCCUCCGCCUCGAGUCCCACGACUCCGUCUUUGUGGCCGCCCACACGUCCGCCGGCAAGACCGUGGUUGCUGAGUAUGCCAUCGCCCUCUCGCAGAAACACAUGACCAGGACCAUAUACACGUCUCCCAUCAAGGCCUUAUCCAACCAGAAGUUCAGGGACUUCAAGAACACCUUCAAAGAUGUUGGGCUGCUGACAGGAGAUGUGCAGUUACAUCCCGAAGCCUCCUGCCUCAUCAUGACCACCGAGAUCCUCAGGUCCAUGCUGUACAACGGCUCCGACCUGAUCCGUGAUCUGGAGUGGGUCAUAUUCGAUGAGGUUCACUACGUCAAUGACGCUGAGAGAGGUGUGGUGUGGGAAGAGGUUCUGAUUAUGCUUCCAGACCACGUGAACCUCAUCCUGCUGAGUGCCACCGUGCCCAACACCCUGGAGUUCGCCGACUGGAUUGGGAGGAUAAAGCAGAAAAAAAUCUACGUGAUCAGCACCAUGAAGCGUCCCGUGCCCCUGGAGCACCACCUGUACACGGGCAACAGCCAGAAGACCCAGAAUGAGAUCUUCCUUCUGCUGGAUGCACAGGGAAACUUCCUCACCAAGGGGUACUACGCGGCAGUGGAAGCCAAGAAAGAGCGAGCCAGCAAACACUCACAGACCUUCGGAGCCAGGCAGCCAGCCCAUUAUGGGGGCUCCAGCCAGGAUAAAAAUGUCUGGCUGUCCCUGAUUGACAUGCUGCGGAAGAAGGACAACCUGCCUAUCGUGGCCUUCACCUUCUCCCGCAACCGAUGUGAUGAGAACGCCAACAUGCUGACCACCGUCGACCUCACCAGCACCACGGAGAAGAGCGAGAUCCACGUCUUCUUCCAGAAGUGCAUCUCCCGGUUAAAGGGCACGGACCGAGAGCUGCCUCAGGUGCUUCAGAUGGUGGGGCUCCUGAAACGUGGUAUUGGUGUCCAUCACAGUGGCAUCCUGCCCAUCCUGAAGGAAGUAAUUGAGAUGCUGUUCACCAGGGGCCUGGUCAAGAUACUGUUUGCGACAGAGACCUUUGCGAUGGGGGUGAAUAUGCCGGCCAGGACCGUGGUCUUCGACACCAUCCGCAAGCACGAUGGCCUGAACUUCCGUGACCUGACGCCAGGUGAGUACAUUCAGAUGGCUGGCCGUGCAGGGAGACGAGGAUUGGACACCACCGGAAUGGUCAUCAUCCUCUGUAAGGCCGGGGUCCACGAGAUGGCUGACCUCCACAAGAUGAUGUUGGGGAAGCCCACGAUGCUACAGUCGCAGUUCCGCCUGACCUACACCAUGAUCCUCAACCUGCUGCGGGUGGAAGCACUCCGGGUCGAGGACGUGAUGAAACGCAGCUUCUCCGAGUUCCACACUCGCAAGGAUGCCAAGAUAUAUGAGCAGCAGAUCCAGCAGCUGACCAAGAGGCUGGCCAGCUUCGAGGUGGAGUGCGCUGGGCAACUGAGUGACCUGGAGCGCUAUUACAUCACCGUGAGGGAGCUCCUGUACACGCGGGCCUCUCUGCAGAAGAAAAUCAUGGAGUCGACAAGUGGGAUGAAGGCUUUGUCUGCGGGGCGCGUGGUGGUGGUGAACACCCAGCAGCUCCGGAACACCCUGGGAGUGAUCCUGCAGGUUUCCACUGACUCAGGGGGCCGAUCGUUCACCACCCUGGUGCUGUGUGAGUCACGACAAGGCGAGAGAGAAGGGGAGGAGGAUGUGGACCCACUGGCAGCCCCCACCCCUGACCAGCUGCUCAAACAGCUCUUCCUGCCCGAGGGACCCUGCGGCCACACGGUGGUGAAGCUGUCGCCCGUGGACAUCAGCAGUGUGACGGUGAAAGCCCUGCGCGUCAACGCUGACAAGAUCAUCGAUGACUUCAAGAAGAGACAGAUCCCCCGCUUCAGGAAGGAUCCACGAGCCUCUGUCACCACCGCCACGCAGGAGCUGCUGCGUUUGGCUGAGGCCAGCCCGAUGGGCAUUGCCAGCCUGGACCCCGUCGGUGAGCUGCAGAUGAAGGACCUGGACCUGGUGGACAGCUACGCCAGGGCCCGGCGGCUGGAGGAAUCGCUGCGCAGCUUCACCUGCGUCCACAGCCCCAAGUUCGCCACUGAGUACGGCCGGAUGCACGAGCGGAUGAUGAUCAAGGACGAGCUGGAGCGACUGCGCUUCCUGGUGUCCGACCAGAGCCUGAUGUUGCUGCCGGAGUACGAGCAGAGGGUGGAGGUGCUGAAGAGGCUGAAGUACAUCGAUGGCAGCUGUGCGGUGCAGCUGAAGGGUCGGGUGGCCUGUGAGAUCAGUAACCACGAGCUGAUUGUCACCGAGAUGGUGCUGGAGAACGUGCUGACCGACCUGCAGCCCGAGGAGAUCGUGGCCCUGCUCUCUUGCAUGGUCUUCCAGCAGAAGACACAGGUGGAACCUGAGCUCAACGAGGUCCUGCGCCAGGGGGGUGGCGAGGAUCCGUGGGGUGCAGAGCGCAUCGCCACUCUGCAGCGGGAGUGUGGCCUGAGGGAGUCGACUGAGGACUACGUCGAGCAGUUCAAGUUCGGCCUGGUGGAGGUGGUGUAUGAGUGGGCUCGGGGGCUGAGCUGGAGCCCGUUGCUUGGGCUGACAGACGUGCAGGAGGGAAUCAUCGUGCGCUGUAUCCAGCCGAACGAGACCUGUCGCGACGUACGCAACGCUGCCCGCAUCAUCGGCGACCCCACCCUCAAUGCCAAGAUGGAGCAAGCCUCCAACCUGAUCAAGAGGGACAUUGUGUUUGCUGCCAGCCUCUACACCCAGUGACCGGAGCCC